AUGUUGGCCAUCUAUUACCUCCAGUCCAUCUGCCAUACCAUCUACGAAAUGGCCGAAAAGGUGCCCAACACCUCUGGAUGCUUCCCCUCUAAGAGCAUUACUGAUACCGAAUCAUUGGCAGGUUCUAUCCUUGUUUACUACGCCUCAUUUGGAGUGAUGAACAGCUUUGGCUUCUUUCAGAACUACUAUAGUAGCGACUUCCUUGAACGGACACCGCCAUCGACUAUCGCGUUUGUUGGAACGCUCCAAAUGGCCCUCAUGAAUUUUCUGGCUGCUCUCUCCGGCGCUCUUUGCGAUCGAUAUGGUGUCAAGUACCUCUAUCUUGGUUCAGGCGCUGGUACUACUCUGGCCCUCAUUAUACUCUCGUCCAUACAUCCUGGCCAGUUUUGGCUAGUCCUUGUGACGCAAGGCUUGCUCAUGGGUUUGACUAUAGCUUUUGGAGUGCAGCCAGCACUCACGGUCGUAGGCCAGCACUUCAAAGAGCGACGUGCGUUGGCUAUGGGUCUUGUUUCUACAGGUUCGGCACUGGGCGGCAUCGGUUUCCCGCUAAUGUUCGACCAACUGCUGCCGAAAGUGGGCUUUGCCAUCUCGCUUCGUCUGGCUGCUGUCAAGAUUGCUGUUUGCUACUCCGUCGCUCUGUGUAUCUCCACAAGCAAACCCAGUGGCAAGCCCCACCCCAGAAGUCUUGCUUCGCUCAUCGAUUUUAGAGGAUUUCUUGACAAAAGCUAUGUUGUACUAUGCAUCGGCACGUGGUUUGCGAUCCUCGGCCUUUGGAUCCCCGCAUAUUAUCUCAAAUCCUAUGCCAAUGCAGUAUACGCUGGAAACGCAGUCAGCAAGUACUUCCUGUGCAUGUUGAACAGCUCCAGCAUUGUCGGCGCAACCUUCGGUGGCUUCAUAGGAGAUCGCAUCGGACGAUUGAACCUACUCUGGCCCGUUACUCUCGUCUCCGGCUGCUUAUGUCUCUUCUUAUGGCUGCUCAGCAACUCUAUGGCUACCCUCAUACUCUUCGUCUGCGUAUAUGGGUUCUGCACUAGUAGCGUAACCGCUCUUCCACCCUCAGUAAUCGGCCAGAUCUCAUCCGAUGAUAAAUUGGGAGCACGCAUAGGCGCCUUUUACAGCGUCAUCGCCAUUGCGAGUCUCAUUGGUACGCCUAUUGGCGGUGCACUCAUCACGGAAGAUAAGACGAAGGAUGGGUAUCGAUGGUUGAUCUUAUUUUCGGGAGCUGCGCUCAUCAUCGGGUCGGCCUUCAUGCUCGGCAGCCGUCUACUACACGAUAAAGACCUGCGCAAGAAGUGGUAG